GCCUGACAAGAUUUGGAUAACUGCAAAAGCUGUAGGCAGAAAAUAACUUUCCAAGUGCUCUGAAGUUCUGAUGGAUGGGAGAAGGGAAUUUUUUCACUGGCAGCUUCCCUGCAUGGGUCUAUCAACUCAGGGAGAUUGAAACAAUAGACCUCUCGAGAAACCUCCUAUCGGGUCAAAUCCCUGACAGACUUUCUGCACUACGAAGAUCGGCCGUGUUAAGGCUGUCGAACAAUGGAUUCUCGCGGAGAAUUCCUAACAUUAAUGGACUAUGGCAGCUCCAGACAUUAGAGCUUGACUCCAAUAUGUUCUUUGGAAACUUGCCAAUGCUUCCUAAAAGGUUUAGAACUUUGACUUCGUGCCACAGCCUACUUUCAGGGCCUAUAACAUCACUAGGGACGCUUGAGCAGCUAAGAUCGGUGGACGUGAGUUGUAACAGGUUUUCGGGUUCCAUUAGCAAGGGAGUUCUUGCGUUGCCUCCGUUGAAUCACAUCAAUGUUUCCUUCAACCAACUCACAGUAACGGAGGUGGACAACACUUAUGAGAUUGGGUCCCCACUUCAAGUACUUGACGCACAAGAGAACCAUCUGCAAGGUCACUUGCCCCUUAAUAUGGUCACCUAAGAGAGCUUAGCAGUAAUUAAUCUAGCCCACAAUCGAUUCCCCAGUGGGAUCCCCAUGGAAUAUGGGGAUAGAUUAGGAAACCCGUGGAGAGCCUUGUUUUUAGAUCAUAACCUCCUGUCAGGUCGUCUUCCACUACAGUUCGAUAGUGGCGCAGCGAGGAUCAGAGGCAGUCUUGCAAACAACUGCCUCAGGUACCCAGUAAACAUCCCACUUUGCUGCCGGGGGCAGAGACCAGCUUCAGGAUGCGUUGGUGAGAAUGAUGGGAAUUAGUGAAAGAGAAGUCAAGACGACAAAAAAAGCAGUGAACAUAUUCUAGCCAUUGAGACUUAAGUCCAUUCAUUUCCCUUAUGUGGGUAUCCACCUCAAAGGACUAGAAAAACUAGCUCAACCUUGAGAAACGAAUGUAAACAGUGAAGUUCUUCCUAAACAAUUUCCCAGUGAUUUGUAAAACUCUCUAAUUCUAGAUCUUUUAUAGUUUCUUUACACUCAAGAACCGUAAUGAUUCCAAAAAACAGAAAAUCUAUUGUUGACUUUUACAGCA